GGCCAAUCGGUGAGUAGUCAUCCAUUGUGUUCCACAGCGGUAAACAAAAUCUCGCUAUCUGAUCCUAACAUUUGGUGCUAUACCGUAUUGAAUUUUUCGGACAGUACGUUUUCAUUCAACAAUAGAACCUGUUGAAAUUUAGGACAAAUAUCGCUUCUCCCCACCAAGGCAGGCAUGUUUACCUUUCUAAGAAAUCCCAGCCUCCUCUUCAUUAUUGUAUCACUUCCGGUUCCUGUUGUCAUGGACAAUGUGGCCCUGCUUGUGAUUGACGUUCAAAACUGUUUUCUUCCCACGGGAACUUUACCGGUGACGGAAGGUGACCUAGUAAUGCCAAUUAUCAAUGAAAUACGCCAAAAUUACGACAACCUUUUCUCGUUGGUUGUGUUUUCCCAAGAUUGGCACUGUGAUAAUCAUGUUUCCUUUGCAUCUCAACACAACGGGAAGAACCCAUACGACACUACAGUUCUUCACUACAACAGUACAGGAAACCUUUGCGAAUCAACGUGUGACGCUCAAUACAACAUUACCCAAGUCUUGUGGCCAGAUCAUUGUAUAAAAAACACAGCGGAUGCAAAAUUCGCUUUGAACAUUACCAGAAAAAGCUCUGAUGUCGUUGUGCAAAAAGGCUACCAUUGCAAGAUCGAUUCGUAUUCAGCUUUCUUUGACAAUGGUGAGUUCAGUCAAACAGAGUUGAACACAAAACUCAAGGAAAAGAACGUUGAUACCGUUAUUAUAGUAGGACUUGCUCUGGACUACUGUGUUUAUUACACAGCCAAAGAUGCCAAGAAAUUAGGCUACAAAGCUUAUGUAGUACAAGAUGCCACACGUGCCGUAGCAAAUGCAACUUCAAUAGACGCGUUGCAUGACAUGAAAGAACGCGGCGUCCAUAUUGUGCAGUCCUCGCAGAUGCCAGAUUUGAUGGAGAAACUGACAAGUUCCGGCAACAUCCCACAGUGCUUUCACCUCAUCUGGUAUAUCGCAGCGUUUGUGAUUUCUCGGAGACUGGCAUUUUUCUAAUUUGAUUACUCUUCAUGUUAUAUAUAGUACAGCUAUGUACCGAGUAUUAAGUACCAACAAUCUUUAAAGAUAUUUUCCAUGUAUAUAUGUAUUUACAAAGUACAUAAUUCACAUAUUUCAUGCCAGAAAAUUAAGAGGCGAUAAUUUCGGUCGGGGUGUGACCAAAUCUAUCAUAUAGCCCUUCCGGCUUCAUUGGAUUUGACCAUGCCCCAACCAAACUCAUCACCUUUAAUUUUCGUUUACAAUGUAUAUUUGCCUUUUACUGUUUAUACAUGCAUAAUUAUGUUGUUUCAGGCACGUAGCAUCAGGGGGGGGGGGGGGGGGGGCGGGGAGGGGGGCCUGCCCCCCCCCCCCACUUUUUCUUGCAGGAACAAAUUUUUUAAAAUUUACAUAUAAAAAAUAGAAUUAUCAUGGAGUUGCCCCCCCCCACUUUUUUGGGAGUAUGUAAAAAAAAUGGAUAUGAAAUAAGUAAAUGAGGAGUGAAAUUGAAGUAAUAUUCCCCCCCCCCCCCUCCCCCACGUAUUAGGAUUUUGAAGAUUUUGGAAAAGUUGAAAUUUCCUUUUUUUUUUUUCUUUUUGCUUGUCGAGAUUUUUUGAAUGAGCCUGCCCCCCCCCCCCCCCCCCCCCCCACACACUUUCAAAAACGAUGCUACGUGCCUGUGUAUUAAACCAUUUUAUGACUUUAUAAUAUUUCCCAUGCGCCAUAUACCAUAAAAAGCAUAUACACUGUACAUGUGGCCUACAAAACAACUCAUAUGCCAUUUCGUGAUGCAAAAUGUAUGAAAGACAAGGAAUUAUAAUACCUGUAAAUUUUAAACAUUUACUACAGCUGAUAGUGAAUUGGUUGUGAAUUAAAGACAAAAUCACAUUG